AUGGAGACACUGAAGAUCGUUGAUUCUCGUACAGAAAAGGAAUACACUAUUCCGAUCCAUGACGGCCACAUACGGGCUGAGGACAUCUCUCAGAUUAAGGAAAAGCCAGAUGAUAAGACUUCUCCGGGGAUCUUCAUCUUGGACGAGGGUUACGAACACACGGCAUGUAUGAAAUCAAGUGUCACUUCCAUUGACGGCCAGCUUGGCACACUCAGUUAUAGAGAUAUCCCCAUCGAUCGUCUGUUCUCCGAAAAGCGUUACGAGGAUGUCAUGCAUCUCGUUCUCUGGGGGCAAAUGCCAACGCAGCAUGAGAAAGACGCUUUCCGAGCGUCUUUCAGCGCUGCCGCACAGCCCCCGAAGGUCGUUCUAGAUGUUAUUCGGUCGUUCCCUCGCAAAACAGAGACAUUUCCCAUGAUAAUGGCCGGACUCAGCGCUUUUAUAGCUUCGGACGAACUUCUCACCAAAGCCCGUCAUCAGCCCAAACCGGUGUUCCAUGGGAAACUUGACGUCGCUGACGUGGCCAUCACGCGAUCCAUCGCGUAUUUUACCACAAUCAUUGCACUCAUCCACUGCCACAAGACCGGUAGAAAAUUCACACCACCAGAGCCCGGCCGAUCCCUGAUCGGGAAUCUGCUCUUGAUGAUGGGCAUCAGAGAUCCCAAGGUCGAGGAGUGCUUUGAUAAGCUGUGGAUUCUGUACGCAGACCACGAAAUGACCAAUUCUACAGCCGCAUUCCUACACGCUGCCUCGACACUGACUGAUCCUAUGUCUGCUACUCUGGCGGGCAUGGUCUCGGGCUACGGACCUCUGCACGGCGGCGCCAUUGAUUUGGCAUACGAAGCGUUCCGCCAGAUCGGAUCCCCCGAGAAUGUGCCCAUAUACAUUGAGAUGUGCAAAUCCAAGAGAGCCAGGUUGUUCGGUUAUGGCCACCGGGUCUACAAGACGAGAGACCCGCGUCUGUCGCUGAUCGAAGAGCUGAUGUACACAUACCGCGAGGACAUCGAGGCAAACCCAAUUCUUCGUGUCGCUGUGGCUAUCGAUAGUUAUGCCAACAAAGACCCUUACUUCGUGGAGAGGGGGUUGAAGGCCAAUGCUGAUCUGUUCGGAUGCUUCCUAUAUACUGCAAUGGGCAUCGAUGAGGAUAUGAUCACUGCCAUAAUCAUACUGUCUCGCGCCGCCGGUGUUCUUGCGCACUGGCGUGAGAGUCUGACUCAACCUGUCAAGCUAUGGCGCCCUAGACAGGUUUACAAGGGGACCAUGCCGAAUUGA